CCUAUUGCAGGGCGCACCGCUUCCGCCAUGUUUCAAGUUCCCGUGGACAGCCAGGACUUCAUCAGGAUCCUGCGGCCGUGGGUGAAGAGCGUUCUCCAGGACGUAGGGCUGCAGAGCUGCCAGGGGUCCUUGCAGGCCCUUCAGGCCUUUGCCCCCGGGGACAGGUACUUCCUCAAUACCUCCUGGCCUGAUGUGGCCCCCAGGGGGCUUUUCAGACGGAAGCUGGGAUACCGAACCAAGCCGUACUGCUGUAGCCUCUGCCAGUACUCAGCAGACUUGUUCUCUUCUCUCAAAAACCAUCUGCAUCGGUGCCACGAAGACGAGGCCGACCAAGAGCUGCAGAUCCAGUGCCCUGAUUGCUCAUUUGUUUCACGGCCCAGUGUGGUGAGCAGGCACUUCUCGUUAUUCCACGAGAUGGCCAUGCAGGAUCAGAGCACCCAGGAUGGGAAACCCUUGAAGGGCUACAUAAAACAGUUCACGUGUUUGAAGUGUAGCUUUUCCAAUACCACCUUCGGUAGCAUGAAGAAGCACGUGCUGCUCACCCAUUUUCAGUUCUUACUUAGUGCCUACGUUGGAUUUCAGAGUCAGGAAGAACAGGCGCAGCCAGAAGCCAACACUCUACCUGCUGGGAGAUACUAUUGUAAAAAGUGUGGUGCCACUGUGUGCAGCCAGGAUGGUCUGAUGUCCCAUAUUCUGACAUCAGAUCUACACAAGGACUUGGAAAAUAAGCUGCGGUCUGUGAUCUCAGAACACAACAAGCGGCCUGGGCUUCAGAAGCAGGCGCCCGUUGCUCCAAAGCCACAGGCAGGCUUGGCCAGGCCAGCAAACAGCAGUGCUGCACGCACCACUGCUCGGGCAAAGCCACGUCGGUCCCGCCCUGCCGUGUCAAAGAACACUCCAAGUCCAGCCAUUGCGAAGUCAGUGACCUUGGCCCAGCCUGUGACCACUGCCCAGGUACAGCCACCAGUGGGGGUCCCAGGCACUUCCUGGAGCCUCACUGAUUCUGUGCCUACUGCUGCCCAGUCCCACAUGGCUGUUGUCUCCAGCCCUCUACCGGUGGGCCAGAUCAGCCUCACACUGCAGUCUCCAGCUCCCUCGACUGUGCUCCCCUCAGGCAGGGCUUCACCUAAUAAGCCUAUCAACCUUCCUGCACUACCCGUGAGUCAGCCCCCUGGGCCUGUGAAAAAGUCUGUUAGAAUGAGCGAUCUCCCAGUGAGUCAACCCAUGGGAUCUGAAAGUCAACCAGCAAGACCUCUGGUGAGAUCAGUGAGGCCAGCAAGCAGGCCAGUGGAGCCCACAAGCAGACAGAUCAGGCCUGGUACCCUAUCUUCUGGUGUUUCUGCCAGUUCUGGGGUUCUGCAGACCACAUCACCAGGAGCAAUUUCUGUGGGUCAGGUGGUCUCAUUGUCAGUCCUUCCUGAAGGUCAGAUGUCCCCUGCUUCUGUGAUUCCUGUACAGCUAGCAGCUUCUGGGGUCCUUCCCACUGGCCCAGCAGUCCAGCCCAGGGUUCUCCAUGUAGACCAGGCUGCCUCAGCACAGGCUCGCCCCUCUUGUCAGACAGUGUCCUUUAGGGUUCUCCCUGCAGAGCAAGUGGUAUCAUCUGGGUUGCUGUCUCCCAAACAGCUGAUGAUCUCAGAUGUCCCUGUGAACCAGGAUGUGAGCUCUGGUAUUCCUCUGCUUGGUCAGCCUGUUACAUCAGGAGUCCUUCCUGCAGGCCCACCAGCUAGACCCAGUGUGCUCCAGUUUAGUCAGUCUGUUGGCACUGGCAUCUCGCCAGUGAGCCAGCCAGUGAGAGCUGAAACGUCACAGAACACCAUGUUCCCCAAGUCAGGCACUGUUUUCAGGAAGCUCCUCCAGACAGGGACACAGGUUAAUGGGAAACCCAUUUACAUGCUGGACCCAGUGCCUGUCACUCUGCCUAUUAUUCCUCAGGGUGCUAGCAUCCUGAUUGUCACUCCAUCCCAGGUGCCCAACCAAGCCCUGUCCUCCAGUGUGGGUCCACAGAUGUCCAGUGCUUUACCCAGCUUGCCCUCCUCUCAGGGGCUGGUAAACACUGCAGACCAGAAUAUAUUUGUUCAGGUCUCUUUACCCGAGGUCGAUGUGAAUAUGGUUGUCAGACAGGCCAAGCAGUGGAAAACCUGCCCAGUUUGCAAUGUAUUCUUCCCGUCCAAUGUCUACCAGGCUCACAUUGAAGUGGCUCACAAACCAAGUGAGUCCAACUCCAGUGAGAAGCAUGAGCCAGUAAAGCUGGCAGUAUGUGCGCCAUUUCUGAAGUGGACAAUGGAGAAGGCCAUGCGGUGCCUCUCCUGCAAAUGCUUGGUCUCAGAGGAGGAGCUAAUGUACCACUUGCUCACACAUGGCUUGGGGUGCCUGUUUUGCUCAUUUGCUUUCCACAGCCUGCAGGAUUUCUUGGAGCAUAGCAGAAUUAAACACCAUGGGAGGAGGAAGCUGUCUUUGGAAUACAGUAACAGGGGCUUCCAGUUGAGCCUGGAUGCUAAUGGCGAUCUGUUGUUCCCCUAUCUUGAUUUCAUCAUCACUCUGCCAAGAGAGAAGGUGGGAGAACAGGAAGUCUGCCUGGCUAUCCUCUCAGGGAUACAUUCCACAUCACUGGUUCCCUUGUAUGUUAAGGUGAGGCCUCAGGUUAAGGAUGUACUUAAGCUUCUCAGCAAACAAGAGCUGACCUGUCCCCUCUGUUUGAGCACAUUCACGAUAACCGAGACCUACAUGUUACAUUUGAAGGACAGACACCAUGUUAUGCCGACAGCCUAUACAGGAUUCAAUUCUCCUGCCUUCAAGUGUGUCCACUGUUGUGGGGUCUACCCUGGAAGCUUAACUACAGCAGCCAUCACUCUGCAUUUGCUGCAUUGUGAAUGUGCUCCCAAAGGCAACAGCUUAGACCGACAAAUUGGGUCUGGUUUUGUUGCAGGGAGUGAACUGCAGUUCGUCAAUGGGGAAAGGAUUCCUGAUUCUAAGUGUCCAGUAAAGAGAAAGUGGCAAGAUGGCCAUCUGGGGGCAGAAGACGAGAAGGGGAAUGAGAAAGUUUCCUUGCCUGUCCUAAAGGGUGAUGCAGCAUCAGGUUCAGAGGAAGGGACUAGUGCUAUGCCUUUGAAGAGACAAAGGGUUGAAAGUACAACGAAUGGACUGGUUGAUGAUGAUAAUUUAUUCCACAUCCUAGCAUUAGAUCCUAGAAAAUACAAAGACUGUUCCUAUGAGAAAAAAAGGCAGUUUCUUAAAGAGUAUUUCCAUAAGAAACCAUAUCCUAGCAGAAGAGAAGUAGAACUGUUGUCUUUAUUCUUGAAGAUGGAAAGAGUUAAUGUGGCUUUGUUUUUUGGAACAAGAAGAUAUAUUUGUUUGAAAGCAAUAGAAGUCCACAGACCCUCAGUACUUCUAGGCUUUGAUACGUCUCAACUUAAAAAUGUUAAACACAGACUGAGCUUUGAGUGUGAACCACAAAACUCAGCUUAA